UACACAAUAAGAUAUUGAAGGUUUAAUGAGAUGCGGGGAGAUAUUUGAGAGAAAAUGGAAGACGCGAUAGGAACGGAUUCUAUGCGGGGACGACCCUCACGUGCGGAGAAAUAUAUACUUGCAUUAUCUGCAUCUUGCUCUUCCACAUCAUCUCAACUCUCUAUUCUAUUCAACUAAAUCCUACUUUACCAUCAACUACAAUGCCACCUCAGCUCACCCCCCUCCACUCCCUCCACAACAUCCGUCUCCCCUCAUCCAGUACUUUAUCAUCCACCUGGGACAUCACCUUCGAACUCAACGGACGCAUCAAAGCCCUCACUCCCACUCCCACCACCAACAACACCAACACCAGCCAAGCUCAAGAACCCCCCCUAGUCCUCCCCGCCCUCACCCACCCCCACAUCCACCUCGACAAAGCCUUCAUCCACAACGACCCGAAAUACGCCCACCUAGCCCCAACAACAGGCACAUUCCCCGAAGCGCUCACCUCCACAACAACCGCAAAGCAAUCUUUCGAAGCCUCCGACCUCCUCAAGCGCGGCUCAUGGCUCCUCGCUGAAUCUCUCGCCAACGGCGUAACCGCCCUCCGCGCCUUCGUAGAAGUCGACACAACAGUGCAACACCUUUGCCUCGACGCAGCACUGACUCUCAAAGCCCACUGGGCUGAAGCCUGCAAGAUGCAACUCGUCUGCUUUGCGCAGGACCCGGUCUUUUCCGGCGCCCACGGCGCCGAAAAUAGAAAGCUGAUCGAGUCUGCCCUGCUACGCGAUGGAGUCGACGUGCUGGGCUCCACGCCAUACGUUGAGUCAGACCCCGAGGCCGCAAAGCGAAAUAUCGAGUGGGCUGUGCGGACGGCGCUAGCUCAUAACCUGCAUCUUGAUUUCCACCUCGACUACACGCUUGAUCCUGGCCGCGAGCCGCUCGUUUGGACGGUGCUUGACGUGCUGAGGCGCUGUGGGUGGACGGGUGGACGCACGCGGAAGCGUGUAAUGCUAGGCCAUUGUACGCGUUUGACGCUGUUUGGGGAGGAGUGGACGCGUCUGGCGAGGGAGAUUGCUGAGGAUGAGUUACCGGUUAGCUUUGUAGGGCUGCCGACGAGUGAUCUCUAUAUGGCUGCGCCUCCGGCGGGGGGUGGUGAGGAAGAGGGGAUGGCGACGCCUAGGGGGACGCUGCAGGUUCCGCGGUUGGUGCGCGAGUAUGGGCUUGAUGCGGUUGUUGGGGUGAAUAAUGUGGGGAAUGCGUUUACGCCUUGGGGGGCGGCGGAUCCGCUGGGUUUGGCUUGUCUUGGGGUUGGGGUUUACCAGGCGGGUAGUCGGGCUGAUGCGGAGCUUUUGUAUGAGUGUGUGUCUACGCGGGCGCGCGCGGCGAUUGGGAUGGAGGAGGAUGGUGGUGAUGGGGUGAAUGUUGGUGUUGGUGACUGUGCGGAUUUACUGCUCAUCUACGCUCGAGAUGAUACUGGGUGUGAUGUUGUGCGGCCGCGAAAUAGCGUCGCGGAGGUGGUGUGGGAUCCGCCAUCUAGGAUCAAUCGGGAUGUCAUUUGCGGAGGGAGAUUGAAGCUAUCUCCAUGGGUUUCGAAGCUGGAUGGGAUAUAUAACUAUGUAUAGUGGUGGGAGUGAUGAAGCCCCCCAGCGCCUGAUGUGAUAUUAACAUGAGUCCAAACCGUGAACCAGAAUCCCAAACACCGCCGGGUCAUGCAAAG